AUGUCCAACCUCACCCAAGAACAAAUCAAAGUCCUCGAGCAAUCGCGGCAGCGCCUUGUGCAGCUCACUCGCUCACUAGGCUCGCUGAUCGCAAGUCUAAACCAAAGCGACCCUCUUCCGCCGUGGACCUCCCUCCAAUCCCAAGCAAGCAUCAUCUCCAACAACCUCAUCAGCGUCUCCGACCAACUCUCCGACCAACGCGACCUCCUCUCCAACCUAGUCGCCUACCCAGGCCCAGAAUACCCCGGCCGAACACAAGCAAACACCCUCGAACAACUCCUCCGAACGAAACUCGAUCCCCGCGUCGAAGACUGGGUUGCGCGCGGCCGCGCAGCCGGCACGGAGCCCGCCGCAGCGCCGUCGUCUAAUUUCUCCGACCCCGAUGCCGCGCACAAACCGCUGAGCGAUGCGGAGCUCGCACAGCUGUGGGAAUGGGCGCCCCUUGAGGCGAACCAGGAAGCGCGGCGGAGGAACUGGGGUGGGAAUUUUACGCUCGAGGAGCGCGAAGCUGGGAUUGAGAAUGUUGUUACUGGGUUGAGGAGGCAGUUGGAGGAUGAUGAUGGGUCGGAGGAGGAGAGCGAGGGGGAGGAGGGGGAUGGGGAGGUAAUGGAUGUUGUUGGCGUUCAUCGGAAGCCUGGUGCUGCUGAGUUCGAGUACAAUAUUGCUCCUCAUCACCCGCAUCCUGUGCAGCCGUUCGUGCCGCUGGAUCUUAUUUUGAGACAUAUGACUACUGGGCGCAUGCCGUAG